AUGGAGAUCACAGAUAUGAACCGCCUCUUUCUAGUCUUCAGCAUUCUGACAGUGACUGUGGUAACAACAAUAAUUGUAAUACCAACACCAACACAAGUAAAAUUAGCCCAGCAGUUCAACCAGAUGAGCAUAGAAACUGCACCAACCUUUCUGGUUUUCCUGAACUCAGAAUAUGAGCCUUGUUUGGGGACCCUGAUCCACAAACAGUGGGUUCUCACUGCAGCCCACUGCUUCUUACCAUUUCUUGAGAUAAACGUUGCGGCUUCAAAAGAGAAUUUUCAAAACAAGAUGGGGAACUUAAGACCCACAUUUAUUGUCCAACACCCAGAUUUUACCCAGGAUUCUGCUGAGCAUGACCUCAUGCUCAUCAAGCUGAAUCAUCCCGUAGAGCUCAAGGACCAGGUCAAGCUGGUGGUUCUACCCAACACCACGAAUGACAGAAGAGGGGAAAAGUGCACUGUCUCUGGCUGGGGCUGGGAAUGGAGGAAUUUCAACCCAGAACCUGAUAUCCAGAUAAACCAGACUGUCUUUUGGUUUUCUAAUGAUGACUGCCAAGAGUCCCUUGUAAGACAAAUUCCUAUUAAAAUCACAGAAAACAUGUUCUGUGCAGGAUCAUCUCUGGAGAACACACACUCAUGUAAGGAAUUAGAUGCUGUCCCAAUCCUGUGCCAAAAUCAGCUCCAUGGGAUCCUAUCUUGGUCAGCAGGGUGUAUUUUGAAAGGUGAUAUUGGCUACUACACCAAGGUUUCCCGCUAUACAGACUGGAUCCACAAAGUUAUCCACAGCAACUGAGC